CCAAAUCUUCCGAUGCAGAGCGGCGAAGGAGGGGAGUUUCACUUUUACCGUAUAAAUAUGCGGAUCGUCCUAUGAUCAGUCAAUCACAGUUCGAUCUUCCUCCUGUGCAGCUACCAAGACGAGCAAUUCAAAAUGAAAUUCUUCAUCUGUGCUCUCGCCCUCGUGGCUUCCGCGUACGCAGCGCCUCAGUAUGGUGCAACUAACCCGCAGUACGUCAGCAAGGAAGGAACGGCGAGGAUCUUGAAUCAGGACUCCGUGGCUGAUGACAACGGUGGCUACCGAUACAGAUUCGAUACCGAAAACGGAAUCACGGUCGAGGAAACCAACGUCCCCAAGCCCGCAGGACCCAACGGUGAGCCCGCACCAAGUGUACAGGGUGGAUACCGGUACACGGCUCCGGACGGACAAGUCAUAUCUAUCGUUUACUCCGCUGACGGAGACGGAUUCCGAGCUGAAGGUGACGCCAUCCCGCGUCCCCCGGCAAUCCCGGAAGAAAUCCUUAAGAGUUUGGAGUGGAAUGCGGCUCACCCCGAUGAGGAAACACUGUGGGAUCCAGCAUCUCCGAAAUUCGUUGGCAAACGUCAAUGA